AUGCCCCUCAUCGUUCCGAAUGUGAACCCACGUGUCAUCCUGGGUCUGAUGACAUUUGGACCGAGCUCCGAAGAUGGCGCCCGCGUCACCGAUCUGGACACUUUCAACAAAGCGCUUGACCUGUUCCAGGCGAGGGGAUAUAACGAGGUGGACACAGCUCGUGUCUAUGUCGGCACAAAGCAAGAGGCAUUCACGAAAGAGGCCGGGUGGAAGGAGAGGGGGUUGACGCUGGCCACCAAGGUGCAUUAUCCAGCGGCGCCUGGGGAUAACACGGCUGAGAAGGUGAUUGCCUCGGUGGAGACCAGUCUCAAGGAGCUGGGUACUGACUGCGUAGACAUCCUCUAUCUGCACAAACCCGACCGUGGCACGCCGUUCCAGGAGACCUUGGAAGCCAUGGACAAGCUUCACAAGGCUGGCAAGUUUGUUCGCCUUGGCAUCAGCAAUUUUGCUGCAUACGAGGUGGCCGAGGUCAUGAUGAUUUGCAAAUACAACAACUGGGUUCGGCCCAGCAUAUAUCAAGGCAUGUACAACUGCAUCACGCGUAACAUUGAGGCUGAGCUUUUCCCUGCCUGCCGUCGUUACGGCCUCGACAUCGUUGUGUACAACCCUCUGGCCGGCGGUCUCUUCUCGGGCAAGAUCAAGUCGCACGACAUGAUGCCCGAGAGCGGUCGGUUCUCGGAUGUCAGCUCCAUUCAGGGCGCCAAUUACCGACGGCGCUAUUUCCGCGAGAGCACAUUCAGGGCCAUGCGGCUCGUGGAAGGAGUCGUCGAGAAGCACAGCCUGACCAUGAUCGAGACUGCGCUGCGCUGGGCAGUGCACCACGCCAAGCUGAAGAUCAGGGACGGCAACGACGGGAUUCUUAUUGGUGUAUCGAGCGUCGAACAGCUGGAGGACAACUUGAACAACCUGGAGAAGGGCCCGCUACCGGCCGAGGUUGUCGAGGCUCUCGAUGAUGCGUGGCAAAUAUCCAAGGCUGACUCAGCCAAUUACUGGCACGGCGAUUUGGACUAUGCUUAUGAUGCCAAGAAAGUGUUGUUUGGACCUGAAACAAAGUAG